GUUUGGGGUAAUCCAAAAGUUACACUACCGAUUACAAUUUUAUACAGGUAACUAGUAACUGUAACGGAUUACAUUUAGAAAGGAACCCACCCAACCCUGAGCAUACGGUAUAGAUAAUAUCCACAAAGAGAGAAAAACAGACCACAGAAAUAACGCCUUUAGUCAGAAGAAUAAAAAGACAAUGUGAACAACACUGUCUGAAAGGAAAGUAACUCCAGACCAUUCAUACUGUGGGUCUCAGAUAAAUACAUAUACUGUACCACGGACUUAAUGUUGUAAAACAGUGUAUGUAAAUAAAGUUUGAUUUGAUUUGAAUGAUGACGUAAUGAUCAAACCGUACAGAGUAUUGUAGGAAAUUCACAGUUCUGCUGUUCAAAGUCUGUUUAAUUUUCCCCUUCAUUAGAAACAGCAAUAUCUGGUCAUUUGAUUUAGGUCAGGCUGAUGUAAUUGAUACAUGAAAUGAAAUGAAAAACAAUUCCAGAAAAGGUAUCCUUGCAUUUAUCCAAGAGUAUUUCUCAUAAAUUCUGACCUAAUGCUGCUCAUUCAUCAUGUUGAUUUAAUCUUGUAUGGAGUAAUGAUAAACUGUUGCCUCCUGGGGAAGAACAGAUUCUCCCAGAUCAUCCUAUACUUAUGAUAACCACUAUUUGUCUACAUGUAGUCGUCGUUUUCCUUUACUACUGGUCUGUAGGCUGCCUUGCACAGUAAACUCCCAUCCAGCUGGCGGCCCUGUUGUGUUUCUGGGUUCGUCACCAACUAGAACGUCCCAAGAUUCCUUGACUAGAACACGGAAGUAGGAUUGGAAACGAGUUUUUAUUGUUCUUUGUGUGCAGUAAAGAAAGACAUACUUACUAAACUAAAUAGGCUACCCAUCUCUAAUUUUAUUAAAAUGUCUAAACUACAGAUGUUGUGUGUGUUUUUAAAUGAGCGUUUAUCGGCGGCUGCUGUGGAUAUUUUUGGUGCAGUUGAGAAAACGGUAGUGGAGUACCAGGAGGAGAAUGAUCGGCUACGGAGACUGCUGCGGAGGACACCAGAGAUACAACUAUGUCGAAUAGAACCCGUGCAGCUCUCUGUCUCUGAAGAGGAGGUUCCCUCUGAGCAACAGCACAGUGAGCAGGAGUGGAGUCCCAGUCUGGGGCAGAAGGACCCAGAGACCAAACAGAUUAAAGAGGAACAGGAGGAAGUCAGGACCAGUCAGGAGGAAGAGCAGCUUCAAGGGGUGGAGCCUGAUAUCAUAGAGUUCAUAUUUACUCCUCCUUGUGUGAAAAGUGAAUGUGAUCAGGAGGACCCACGUCAAGAUCCCAUACUAGCUGAACACCCAACUCUCCUGAAAAUGUCUAAAUUACAGUUGUUUCAAGAGUUUUUAAAUGAGCGUUUAACGGCGUUUGCUGCUGUGGAGAUUUCCGGGGAAUUUGCUAAAAUGAUAGUGGAGUACCAAGAGGAGAAUGAUCGGCUACGGAGACUGCUGCGGAUCACACCAGAGAUACAGCUAUGUAGAAUAGACUCCCUGCAGCUCUCUGUCUCUGAAGAGGAGGUUCCCCCUGAGCAGCAGCACUGUGAGCAGGAGUGGAGCCCCAGUCUGGGGCAGAAGGACCCAGAGACCAUACAGAUUAAAGAGGAACAAGAGGAAGUCAGGACCAGUCAGGAGGAAGAGCAGCUUCAAGGGGUUGAGCCUGAUAUAAUAGGGUUCAUUUUCUCUCCUUCCUGUGUGAAAAGUGAAUGUGAUCAGGAGUACCAAACCCAGACUGUGGAGAACAUAGAGAGAGUCUCUAAACUAGUGGAUCUCAAACCUUCUGGCACUGUGACCCACCUAAAGGGUUUCAACAUUCCCUGUGACCCUCCAGAUAAUCAGAACAAUGCCUACAGCCACAGUACAGCCAUAAGCAGUGACCCAGUAGAACUUGACAGUAGCCCAACAUUGGGGGAAAACUCUUCCAAACCCAGCACCACGCCUAGAAAAACUCACCACUGCCGUGACUGUGGAGAAACUUUUGCUCUGAAAGCUGAUCUGCAGAGACAUGUGACUCUCACCAAGAAGAGACCCAGUGAAUGUAGAUUCUGUAAGAAACGCUACAACUCCACCUGUAAACUGAAGGCCCAUGUCCGACUCUGUCACAGUGGGAAACCCUGUGUCUGCCCUGUUUGUGGAAAGAUCUUCAAACAAAAAGGACAUCUGUCCAGGCACAUGAGGAUUCACACAGGAGAGAAACCGUUUAGUUGUGGUGACUGUGGGAAGUGCUUCCGUCUGAAGGGGCAUCUAACCAGGCACAAACUGAUUCACACAGGGGAAAAUCCAUUUAGCUGUGGUGAUUGUGGGAAAAGAUUCAGUCUCAAGCAGCAUCUAACCAGGCACAAACUGAUUCACACAGGAGAGAAACCUUUUAGCUGUGGCGACUGCGGGAAAAGCUUCAAUCUCAAGAAGACACUAACUGAACACAUACGGACUCACACAGGAGAGAAACCUUUUAGCUGUGGUGAUUGUGGAAAAAGCUUUAGUGUCAAGAAGACACUAAUUGAACAUAUACGUACUCACACAGGAGAGAAGCCAUAUAGCUGUGGUGACUGUGGGAAAAGCUUCAGUGUCAAUAGGAACCUAACUAAGCACAAACUGACUCACACAGGAGAGAAACAACAUGGCUGCUCCGUCUGUGGUAAAAGAUUCAUUCAGAAGACUAAUCUGCUGAGGCAUGUCAAAAACAACCACAAAGAAUGAAAACAAGACAAAGGAACAAAGAAAGUAAAUGAGGACACAGAGAGGGGACUAAGAGAUUAUUGAGAUACACCCAAGAUCCCCUGUGGACCAACUCUAACUGGUUCUCCUGAUCCUGCUCAGUCCAAUGUCACAGUAAUGAUAUAAUGUGGCUGUUGUCUGAACCUAACAGGUAAUGUUGCUACUCUUUGUGUAGGAAAUGGACAAUCUGCAGUUCAGACAACCACCAGUUUUUAGGUGAACACUCAAAUUCAUAGACGGAUAUCAAAUUUGCCUGUUGCUACUUUGUUCCUUAAAGGAACCAUCAGAGGUGUCCACUACAAUGCAAGAUUUAGUUAGCUAGAGAUUUAGUCAGCUAGAGAUUUAGUUAUCUAGAUAUUUAGUCAGCUAGAGAUUUAGUCAGCUAGAGAUUUAGUCAGCUAGAGAUUUAGUUAUCUAGAGAUUUAGUCAGCUAGAGAUUUAGUCAGCUAGAGAUUUAGUCAGCUAGAGAUUUAGUCAGCUAGAUUUAGUCAGCUAGAGAUUUAGUCAGCUAGAGAUUUAGUCAGCUAGAGAUUUAGUCAGCUAGAUUUAGUCAGCUAGAGAUUUAGUCAGCUAGAGAUUUAGUCAGCUAAAUUUAGUCAGCUAGAGAUUUAGUCAGCUAGAGAUUUAGUCAGCUAGAGAUUUAGUCAGCUAGAUUUAGUCAGCUAGAGAUUUAGUCAGCUAGAGAUUUAGUCAGCUAGAGAUUUAGUCAGCUAGAUUUAGUCAGCUAGAGAGUUAGUCAGCUAGAGAUUUAGUCAGCUAGAUUUAGUCAGCUAGAUUUAGUCAGCUAGAGAUUUAGUCAGCUAGAGAUUUAGUCAGCUAGAUUUAGUCAGCUAGAGAUUUAGUCAGCUAGAGAUUUAGUAAGCUAGAGAUUUAGUCAGCUAGAGAUUUAGUCAGCUAGAGAUUUAGUCAGCUAGAUUUAGUCAGCUAGAGAUUUAGUCAGCUAGAUUUAGUCAGCUAGAGAUUUAGUCAGCUAGUUAACUAAAUAAACGUAUGGAGAAAGAGAUAAACACCAAAUGGGCGUGGUCUAAUUGACUCAACGACCAAACAACGUAAGUAAGUGUAGAUUUCUAAAUGAACCAGAGGAUCUCUAGGUAUUUCUGGUUGAUUGUCAAAGUGAUCUGUUUCAUUGAACCCCCCCCCCCCCCCC